AUGGAGCUUCUCGAGGCAUGCAAACUGUCCAAGCAGAGAGAUGAGGUGUUUCCGGUCCGAAAUUGGAAUUCAAUCCAUGAAAUAUACACGACGCGAACGUUCAUUCUGGUGCUUCGAGCAGGCUCAAGAAUCGUGAAGCUAAGACUGAUAGCAAACCUCUUUGCAGACGACGCUACAACAUUCCUUGAUGCGGAAGAUGGCUUUCAAGAUCUCAUUAAAAUUCUUGAUGACUGGUGCCUAGCUAGUGGAGCCUGCUUCAAUGUAGGAAAGACCCAAAUCAUGCCUAUGGGAAGUAGUGAGUUCCAUACAUCCUUCACCGAUAAUCGAAGGUCAAGAGACAGAUUUGACAAGAUCCCGGAAAAUAUCCACAUUGUCCAGGAGGGAGAGGCGAUCCGUAUCCUGGGGGCAUGGUUCGGGAACAAUAUUCCAGAUGAUACAGCGUAAACUCCAGUCCUCGAAAAGAUAGAUCAAAGCCUUUCUAGAAGGGAAUUAUCGCACCCAUCAGUACCAGGACGUCGAAUCAUCAUCCAUGCUGUCGUGGGGUAGCUUGUCUCAGUACCUGGCUGUAGUUCAGGGUUGCUACAACAGGUUGAGA